AUGUGCAUUCAUAUGGCACCCCACUUGUACAAGUGGAGAAGGCUAGCUCAUGUGGAUGCGACGGUGCAGGCACAUCUGCGACAGGGACAGCUGGCACUACUGCAGGAAUAUUUGUCUCAGCAGAACAGUCCCUUGUGCGGAGUCCGAGGAGCUGCUGCCAGCGACAGUGUUCAGGGUGCCACCGCACAAAUCGUGGGUGGGACGGCCGCCACACCGCUCGAGUUCCCCUGGCAGAUCUCUCUCCGCGUCAUCGGCCUCCCGAACACCGAUUACGGACACAACUGCGGCGGUUCCAUCAUCAACAAGCAAUACGUCGACACGGCGGCUCACUGCAUCCUAGAUGGCUACAAGUCUCCGUCGAACUAUAUUGUUGUGAUUGGCGAGCAAAACCUCAACGUGGUAGAUCCCUACGAGCAAAGAAUCGCAGUGGCGAACAUCACGAUUCAUCCGCAAUUUGACCCUCCCACCUUGAGCUACGAUUACGCCUUGCUGAAGCUGGCGAGACCGCUCAACUUCACGGGAAGCGAGAAGGCACUCAUGCCCAUCUGCCUUCCGACGCCCAACCAGGAGUUCGACGGAAUGACCUGUACCGCCAGCGGAUGGGGAUUCACGAAAGACAAGUUCCGGGGUGGAAAGAUAUCCCAAUCCCUUCAGAAGGUCGAUUUGCCCAUCGUGGCUUACGCAACCUGCCACGAGUACUACCGUCUCGUUAGUCCGGUUGUAGAAAACAGCAUGAUCUGUGCCGGUCCCGAAGCCGGCGGAAAAGGAUCCUGUAAGGGUGACUCCGGGGGGCCCCUGCAGUGCGCCAGGUCCGACGGACGCUACGUGCUGGCCGGAAGUAUGUCGUGGGGCGUCGAGUGUGCGGCGCGCAUGGAGCCCUCCGUGCUAGCGAGAAUCUCUACCCAGGUCGCCUGGAUCAAUAGCAUCGCCGGCCCGACCCCGUGA